AUGCCUCGCACCACCAACAGCAAUAACAUUGCUCGCGCAGCUGCUGUGUCCCGGACAGCCUCGUCCGGUUCAUUCCACGCAGGCGCUCCCAUACCGACUCUUGGAAACAUCGAGUCCAGCCGGAGGACCACGAUGCGACGCCAGUCUACUCAUAGAUAUCACACCUUUCCGACACCACCUCCCAAGACCCCCCGCGAGCAAUCCUCGGCAGAGCUUUUCCCACAUUCCGAUGAAGAUUCCGAUGCCUCAGACGACGAUCACCAGCAGACUCCUCUGCCUGUCAAGCAGCUUGCUUUGCUUGCCUUCCUCUCCUUGAGCGAGCAGACUGCAUUAAACUCCAUCGGCCCUUACCUGCCUCAGAUGGUCGAGUCCUUCGCCGAUAUCCCCGACUCUCAGACAGGUCUGUAUGUCGGUAUCCUUGCCUCAGCAUUCGCCCUCGCUCAAUUAUCAACGAACCUACUAUGGGGCUACCUAUCAGACGUCGUGGGUAGAAAACCGACCAUGGUUCUUGGCACCUUCAUGUUGGCAUGCUGUUUUGUGGGUUUCGGUUUCUGCAGGACCUACUGGCAGAUCGUAGUCGUUCAUGUGGCCAUGGGUAUGCUCAAUGGCAACGCUGCCGUGGUUCCCACCGUCCUAGGCGAAGUGACGGACCGCUCUAAUCAAAGCCGGGCCUUUACAUGGCUUCCCGUCAUCUACUCCCUAGGCGGCAUUACGGGUCCAGCCCUGGGCGGGUUGCUGGUUGGUACCAUGGGAAAACGAUACCCAUAUUUGGCGCCCAACUUGCUGAGCGCAGGGUUACUGUUCAUCAGCGUGAUUGUUGUCGCAAUCUGGUUCGAGGAGACACUGGAAACCUUGGAGCCAGACCACGCAGCAUGGAUUCCUGCCUGGGCGCGCAAAGCUUGGUCCUGGAUUUCGCGAGAAGCGCAACCGCGCAGAGGCUCAUGGGCCACCCGCUGGCCUCGCCGCGGAUCACAAGCCGUGGUCAGCACUGACGACGACGAAGAAGAAGAAGAUGAUGACGAGGAUGAGGCGGGAGAGGAUCAAGGGUUGCUGCACCAUGCAUCUGAGAACGAUGCCCAGGCCGACGAUGACGCGAAACUCCCGGGCGAUCUGGCGACAUGGCGUCAACUUUUGAACCGCAACACGGUGCUUGUGCUAUUGACGUACCUAGUAUUCCAGCUGUCCAACAUCUCCUACAACAGCUUGUACCCGAUUUUCGCCGAUGCCAAUCCUCCAACUGGGCGCGGUCUUCCGCCAAGCAAGAUCGGUAUCAGUCUCAGUCUGGCCGGCGUGGCUACUAUAGCGUUUCAAGCUUUCCUCUUCCAGCACUUGAAGACGCGGCUGGGGAACCUGGGAACCUAUCGCAUUGCCUUGCUGGGACUGGCCGUUAGCAUGGCCCUGAUGCCCUGGAUUCCGUACUUGGACGACGAGCCGCUGUUCGGUAUCGGCAGCGGUUCUGCCUGGCUGUACGCGGAACUCGGCGUUAUCUUAAUCAUUAAGAAUAUCUGCGCCGUGGGCGGCCUGUCUAGCGUCAUGCUCUUGAUCACAAACUGUGCACCGAAUCAUGCUACUUUGGGAACUUUGAACGGCAUCGCCCAGACGCUGUCCGCCGCGGGCCGCAGCUUUGGGCCAUUCGUCUCCGGCUCCCUUUUCACGCUCUCCACGCGUGUCCAUCCCAAGGGUGAGGCCCUAGUCUGGGGCAUAUUCGGCGGUAUUGCCCUCUUGGGAUGGAUUGGCUCCCUCGCCAUCCGCAACCGCGGCCUCGAGAGUGACGAUUGGGUUGGCGAGGAAGAUGGCACUGACGGUGAAACUGAGCCAUGA